GUCUGACUCUCAUGGCCUGACUCUCAUGGCCUGACUCUCAUGGCCUGAGUCUCAUGGGUGCCCUGCUCUCGCGCAGUCAGGAAUGUUCUGGAGUCGACAGAUCUUGCCAGAAGGGAAUGCACAGGUGCUAAAUGUGGCAGCAGAAGCUCCAGUCGCCCCGGACACACUGCUCAGAUAACAGGACACAGAGGGAGCCUGUGUGAGACUCACACAUGACAGAAACUGACCGAGCUUCACUGGAGACCAUGGGGAAACCCAUGGCCUUCCACUCCCAGAAAGAGAUGUUUGAGAAGAUGGAGGAAUCCUUUAAAAUGUGUGCAUGCUGUGAAAAGUGGCCGAAGCAGCUGUCAGACCCACACAGCUUGAAGCGUUGCGGGAGGUGUCUGAAUGUGUACUACUGCAGUAAAGAUUGUCAGAAAGAGGACUGGCCCAAACAUAAGAAGUUCUGCUCACAGCUGCGUCUCGCUGCCAUUGACAGAGUGGUGGAGUGGCUUGUGUUCAAAGGAGAUCUUCCAUUCCCCACAGAAAAAUGGUCGACGCCCCAUUCGCAGGUUCAGGGUUGGGACGACUGGCUUGCGAUGCAGAAAGAUCUCCCAGCUCACCUCGAGUCAAUUUUAAAUGGAGCUCACAUGAAAGACUUGUGGAGCGACGCUUGCAGGCCUCGACCUCACAAUGACGACCUUAAACAGUCCUUGUGGAGGGUCUGCAGUGAGUUCUUCUCCAGGCCGCUGACCAUUGCCUGGGGUAUGAGGUCAUUUGGCCUUCACCCUUAUUCCAAACCUCUGACCAUUCACCUGGUGGGAGCAGGCCAGAGUGAGACACUAGCAGCCAAACUGACGGACUAUGAUGAGCUUAACAACAUGUUCCCCGAUCACCAGGGGAUUGAAAUAGUCAUGGUGGGUCCAGAGGUGGUGGAUGGACCCAUUGUGAGGCCUCCUUUGAGAGCCUUUGGCCCCAAGAAGAAGGUGUACAUCAGUGCCUACAAGGGUCUCUACCACGACUUCUGGGAGGAGCUGGUGAAGAAAGAGGAGGCUGCCCAACCAGACCUGGUGGUUGGAUUUCACCCUGGAUUUGAUGCCAGUCAGGGCCUGGACCAAGGCUGGCUUCCAACACUUCUGCUCCUCAGGGAUUAUGAGAUUCCAUCACUUUUCACUGCUCUCAAUGAGACGGAGAUCACCUACUCCCUGCAGAUCCUGUUGGAGUUGGAGAUGAACAUGAAGGGAAGUGGAGUGAACCCCUUCUCCUCGCUGAAACCAGAGGUGGUAAACUCAAGUCCUAACAAGACUCCUGCUUUCUGCAACUCGCACUACGUGUGUUUCCAGGGUCUGCUGGAGACUGUGGAGUUUGAGGAACCAGAGGAGAACUGAUGGAGCUUCGUGCUGCAGAGCACGCACGUUGUUAACAGCCGACAGUUGUGAACCUUGGCUCUAGCAUUUACAUUCACUAUCUUAGUUUCAUGUCAUUUUACUGCCAGACUGGUGAGAUUUGAAUAUGCCGCCUGUUGGCUCGUGGAGACGUGUUAGUACUUUGUAGGAAUAGUAAAACGUGUAGUGAUAUAAAUCAAACGAACAAAGAGAAGACUCUAAUGUUCAUUUCAUUGUUUGCAGUAAAGAAAAAACAAUGAUUAUGAAUUGGACUAUUAGACACUGAAACCUACUGCAAUGCGAGAUUUGUUAUUUUUAAGAAGAAUAAAGCAAAAAAAAACACUCCAAUGAAUUAUUACCUUGCAUUUAAUGCACAUGCAAAUAUUCUGAAUUAAAACUUUACUCUGAAGUUCUCUGAGGGAAUAAAACCAACAUCAGCUAAUCAUGCUGCAAAGGCAAGAGCGCUAACCACUCCACCAACCAUGUGACCCCGUUCAAUAUAUAUUCUGAGAAAAAUACGUCAAAUGAUCUAAUAUUGUAGCCAAAAUCAUACCGUUGAUUGAUCUGUGAAUGAGUUGAAUCACUGUCAAAAUGCUUUGUUGUUAUUGUAUAUGUUUAGAAUUCAUUUAUAUUUAACGAUAUGU